GUAGAUGUUCUUGUAAAAAAAUAGCUGCUUUGCUCUUGAUGAGACUUCAUCAGGAUGAUAUGAGUGGUAUUGUGCAGAUUUACAUGCGACGAGAUGAGAACUGGGGAAUUGUUGCGAACCGAUUAACGCUAAGGGAUCUGCACUAAUCCAAAAAUAGCAAAGCUCCCAUGUUCAUAUUAAGCUCACAAUUUCCCAUGUGACAGCCACAAUUUCAUACGACACCCCUCAUCACCGCAACGAGCAACUCUACGAUGCCUUCGGACUUUCUUUUAAUAUCACCUACAUAAUAGCGAUCAAUACACAAGCUCUAGCAGAAGCAUUUCACUCGCUCCAAAAUGUCCGCAUCUCCCACGGGCGAAUCCUCGGCCAAUGCCAACUCCGCGAAUGGUAUCAAUCCAGCCGAUGAGAAACCGCGGUUAUCGGAACAUGAAAAGAAGGCUAAUCAUAUUGCUUCUGAACAAAAACGCCGCUUAGCAAUCCGCGAAGGCUUUGAUCGACUGGCAGAAUUGGUUCCUGGACUGGAAGGUCAAGGAAGAAGCGAAAGUGUAGUCUUGAAGAAAACUGUGGAUUAUAUACGUAUACAGUUAGAGGAAAGGCGGAUGCUGGCUGAAGAGGCUGAGGGUUUGGGAGUCGUUGUUGAAGAAUUGAAGAGAGAAGCACCUGAAGCAGCAACUGCAGGAUUGGCCAGUCGGGGGGCAGCAUGGGGAGAUGGAAGGGGUUAAAAUAUGAGGAAUGAGUGUGGGUAUAGGUAUGGGCAUUGGUACGGGGCAUUUCAGAUUGGUGUCGGCGCAUGGGGAAAUACUUAUGGCUAAUAUGGUCGGCGUUCUAUCGUUGAGGAUUGGCAGCAUGAUACCUUCUGGGAGAAUAUCCGGAGGUGAUGGGUGACGACGAAACACGUCAGUCUUCGAGACAUCACGACAUGUGAAUUAUCCGCUUGUAAUCAGUAUGCGGUAUUAAAAUGGUUGAUGGACGGUGGGACCGAGUGGAAUAAAUGACUUAAUCCCCGCUAGAUUUAUUGCUAUAGUCGUGCUUCGGGUAAUACAUUUCAUGGUGUUAGGGCUGCCCUCCGCAACCUACCCCUCAGAUCUUUCUUAUACUGAAAGAUACCACAUAGGAUUCACCGAACGAAAUUUCCCAUGCUACUAUUGACUAUCUAAUUUUCGGGAACAAACGUUUUCAAACUUACCAUCCAAACAGUAUCUUGUCCAUGAAUGAUACUAUUGCAACGUGUGCACCGCGCUCAUGUAGGUUAAUCUACGUUAGAAAUGCAAUUUAAACA